AUGCGCUCACGGAACAUUGGGGGAGAUAAGGCGGGGCCUCGAAGGCCCACUCCACCCCCGCCCCCCACUCUAGAGGAGGACCCAGGAGGGGCUCCACCCUCUGUCAGCCUCUCUGGGGGCCAGGAGGGCUGUCCCCUAGCAGGCCUCGGAGUGGUCCUGCAAAGGGUGGUCAAGGGGCUGCUGGCCCAGCUUCUUUCUGGGGGUACCUGGGUUGGGAAGGCCAGCGCUGUCCGUGUUUCCUGCGCCCCGGGUAAGGAGGGUCCGCAGCCUCCACCGGGGUCAGAGGGGUCAGAGGGCUGCACAUCAUGCUCCCCCGGGAUGCGGCCCAAAGGCUCAGGGGCUCCUGGUGACACAGUGACCGGGCCCGGACCAGCCGUGAGGCGCACCACGGCCAAGCAGUCGUGGGAGGAUGAUGACUACGGCGAGGACCCCAUCAUCCACAGCCAGCCCCGGUGUGGAGGCUGA